GGGAAGGGUGGUUGGGGGGUGGGGGGGGGUGGCGGAGGGAGGGAGCAAUUGAAUUUCAAACACAAACAACCGCAUGGGGCUCGGGCCCUCCGCCGCUGCGCCGCGCCGCCGCUGACCCCGGCGCCCGGGGGGCACAGCCGCCGCUGCCUCCGCGCCUCCCCUUUUCGGAUUUUUCAGGGUUAUUUUUUUUUUUCUUUUUUUCUUUUUUUUUUUUUUUUUUUGAGGGGGGGUUUAUUUUUGGUUUUGCCUCCCAAACUUCAUCCCCCCAACCCCCCCCCCCUCCUCCCCUCCCCCACCCCCCCCUCCCCCCGCCCGCUCCCCCGGUCCCGGGAGGAGCCGCCAGCUAAGAUGUCCCGGUCCAACCGGCAGAAGGAAUACAAAUGCGGGGACCUGGUUUUCGCCAAGAUGAAGGGUUACCCGCACUGGCCUGCCCGGAUUGAUGAGAUGCCAGAAGCUGCAGUCAAAUCCUCCUCCAAUAAGUACCAAGUCUUCUUCUUCGGGACCCACGAAACGGCAUUCCUGGGGCCCAAAGACCUCUUCCCCUACGAGGAGUGCAAGGAGAAGUUCGGGAAACCCAACAAGCGGAAAGGGUUCAGCGAAGGCCUGUGGGAGAUCGAGAACAACCCCACGGUCAAAGCCUCCGGCUACCAGCCCACCCAGAAGAAGAGCUGCCCCGAGGCGGCCGAGCGGGAGCCGGAGGGGGACGGGGAGAAGAAGGGCAACGCCGAGGGCAGCAGCGACGAGGAGGGGAAGCUGGUGAUCGACGAGCAGUCCAAGGAGAAGAACGAGAAGGGAGGGAUCAAGAGGAAAGCUGAGGAUGCUUUGGAGCAGGACUCCCCCAAACGCCCCAAGGACGCAGAGGGGCAGGAAGGGGACAAGAAGGUGGCCAACGAAGAGACCCCCAAGGAGGAGCCCAAAGCCAACCCAGGAGAGGGGGACAAGAACAGCGACGCCGCCGACACACCGGCCACCAACGAGGCCAAGCAGGAGGGCAAGGAGGAGGUCAGAGACCACAAGGAGAGCCUGUAGUGGCUUCCCUGGCGAGCUGAUCCUCCCCUGCUGGCUCCUGGGUGCUGCCCCACGCCGGCGCGUCGCGUCCGCAGCUCCGGACGAGAGAAACCACACCCCAACAAGGAAAUUUCCAAAAGAGAGAAAAAACUACAAAAAAAUUCAAAAGAAAAAAAAAAGAGGAAUGCAGAGCAGCCCGGUACUGCCCCCAGCGCUGCGUGCCUGCCCUGCCGUGGGCACACCACGCUUUGUGUUAGAGAUUCCUGGGGGCUCAGCUGGUGAUUUGAAAUAAAAGCGAAUCUUGCCUUUUUAAAAA